AGUGUCUGCUUGUGCAUUUCAGUUUUUACUUAACCCCUCGCUCGAUAUGUCUUCUCAUCCUCAAGCAAUAAACAGUCUUGUGUUUUUCGAUCUGGAAACCACGGGUCUUAAAGAUCCGGAAAUCACAGAGUUGAGUUUUUGCAGCAUCGAUAGAUCGCAGUUUCUUAAUUGUCAACGCGGACAGUUUCCACGCAUAACGAACCGAUUGAAUCUGUGCAUUAAACCGUCGAAACGGAUUGAACCAAAGGCGUCGGAGAUAACUAAACUUGAUAACUGUAAUUUGGAUCAUCAGAGUCCAUUUGACGAAGAUGUUGGCAACAUCGUCUUGAGCUUUCUGAAUAGACUUAAAAAGCCCGUCUGCCUUGUUGCUCAUAACGGAUUCAAAUUUGAUUUUCCCAUUCUUUUGGCUGAAUUUUCUCGACUUUAUGGCAUUAUGGAUUUUCCUAGUGAUAUUUUUGUUGUGGAUUCUUUGGCUAUCUUCCGAAAUUUGUCGCAGAGUCCAAGUUCACCUAAUCUGAAAAACAUCCGCUUAUCGUUUGCCUUAAAAAAUGUUUACAAUCGCAUUUAUGGCCGCGAUCCCGAGGAACUGCACGAGGCAGAGGCGGAUGUGAAGGUGCUUUUAUUAUCUGCCAUCGCAACUCCUGAAGAGUUUGUGGAUGCCGUCGACAGAAAUGCGAAGCCAUUCGAUUUUGUGCAAAAGAGUUGGUGAAUUUAGUCACCCCUGCAAAUGUUUUGUUGAGGCGUGUCGUUAAAAAGUACACGAGACUGACGAGAGUUCUUCAAAGGUGAAAUUUAACACUAUUUGUUUUUCCCUUAAUUUCAAUUCAAUCUACGCCUUUAUCGGACAAUGUAUCUUUAUCUUUUAAUCUGUUAUCUUUUUUUGGUGUGUCACAAUGACAUCCAGAUAUAGGAUGAUGGGUGUAAAGGUUUGGAUCUUAAUGUAGUCCCACAGAUAAAAUAGACUUUUUGCUUCGUGAUGUUGCCAGGUUGAUGCCACUCUACGACUCCUCCGCCCUUGUUUGCAUCAGUUGAUGGCAUAAUUUUUAGUCCGAUAGAAUCCCGUUCAUUUAGUUUAUGUGUUCUAUUAAUAAUUUUGUUGUCGAAACUUGGCCGCUAUGGGCGCGUUCUUGAAUUAUUCGAGACUUACCAUCUCAGAUAUUGCAAAUAAAGUUUUUUUUCCGA